UCCCGUCUCCCGAGGAGCGGCGGGAACUGCCAGACUGUUUUCUACAGCAGCUGCACCGUUUAGCAUUCCCAUCAGCUGUGCACGAGGUUCCAGUUUCUGCAGAUUGGAGAACCCGUGAAAGGAGUUGCUGCGAUGGUUCGCUGGGCUCUCAGGAGAGCUGCCCAGGUGCACGUCCACCUGGCGAGGAAGGCCAGCGGGGUCUGCCGAGGCCCUGAGCAUCAGGCCUCGGGCGCGAGGCCCGCUGCCCCGGAGCCCGCCACCCGGGGAGCCCUCGGGGCCCCGGGCGGCGCGGUGGAGCUGCUGGGCAAGUCCUACCCCCAGGAUGGCUACAGCAACCUGUCCCGCAAGGUCCUGUCCAGGGUCGGCAGGAACCUGCACAACCGGCCGCAUCACCCGCUGUGGCUGAUCAAGGAGAGGGUGAAGCAGCACUUCUAUGCGCAGUACGUGGGCCGCUCGGGGACGCCUCUCUUCUCUGUCUACGACGACCUCUCCCCGGUGGUCACCACCUGGCAGAACUUCGACAGCCUGCUCGUCCCGGCCGACCACCCCAGCCGGAAGAAGGGCGACAGCUAUUACCUGAACGCGACCCACAUGCUGCGCGCGCACACGUCCGCGCACCAGUGGGACCUGCUGCGUGCGGGGCUAGACGCCUUCUUGGUGGUGGGCGACGUGUACCGGCGUGACCAGAUCGACGCCCAGCACCACCCUGUGUUCCACCAGCUGGAGGCCGUGCGGCUCUUCUCCCGGCACCAGUUAUUUGCUGGCGUAAAGGAUGGAGAAAACCUGCAGCUUUUCGAACAGAGUUCUCGCUCUGCCCAUAAACAGGAGACACAUACCCUGGAGGCCACGAAGCUUGUAGAGUUUGACCUUAAGCAAACACUUACCAGGCUUAUGACACAUCUUUUUGGAGAUGGGCUGGACAUCAGAUGGGUGGACUGCUACUUUCCUUUUACUCAUCCUUCCUUCGAGAUGGAGAUCAACUUCCACGGGGAAUGGCUGGAAAUUCUUGGCUGUGGGGUGAUGGAACAGCGCCUGGUAAAUUCAGCUGGUGCUGAAGAUCAGAUCGGUUGGGCCUUUGGCCUUGGGCUGGAGCGGCUGGCCAUGGUCCUCUACGACAUCCCCGACAUCCGCCUCUUCUGGAGUGAGGAUGAGCGCUUCCUGAAGCAGUUCUGCGUGCAGGACAUCAACCAGAAGGUGAAGUUCCAGCCUCUCAGCAAAUACCCUGCUGUGAUCAACGACAUCUCAUUCUGGUUACCUCGCGAGAAUUACACAGAGAACGAUUUCUAUGACUUAGUCCGAACAAUUGGAGGAGACCUGGUGGAAAAAGUUGAUCUUAUAGACAAGUUUGAACAUCCAAACUUCUGUCUGACCUUGGAUGCCUGCUCUCCAGGACGAGAUGAGAGGGUAAUUUGCACAGCUGUAAACAGCGUAAAGGAAGCCGGCUUUGGGGUACAUUGUGCUGUGCGGGUGCUUGUCAUCGAGUCCAGCGUGCUGGAGGGCAGCACAGAAGGAUGGGGCCCGUGGUAAACUCACCGGACGCAUCAAACCCUCCGCAGCCCAGUUCACGUCUUCAGAAGUCUGUCUGUGUCCUCGUGAUACUCACCCGGCAGCCUUGAUGGGCACAUCCACCCUGGCUCUGGUGGGGUCUGGCCCUGCAACACAGAGCAUCUUGACCUGAGCAUGGCUUCAUCCCAGAGAGAUGGGAUCGAAGAAAAUGCCAUUAUGAGCUCAGAACAUGAGCUUCAGUAAAAAAAAAAAAAAAAAGUGGCUUUUUAAAGAAAUGUUUAUUUCAGGCUAAUUAAGGAAAUAAAUAGCCCCACUCUAAGAAAAACUCUUAACUCCCUUAUGAUCUACCUUCACGCACACAAAAAUUUUCUUCCAGGAGGAGGGAGCAAAUGUACGUGGGUGAGACAAAGAACCAAAAUAAUAAUCCAGCUUUGAUCAAAACCCCUUGUUCAGCAUUCCCUCUGAAAAUGAUUUCUAAUCAAUGAGUGCUACCACAGCGCUUACAUGUGUUUCACUCUGAGCUGUGAUUAGAAACAAGAUGUGAGAUCCAAGGGGCAGAAAAGGAGGAUAAGAAGGAAAAGUCUAACCUAGGUGCUGAUAUGCACAGGCUGUGGGCUAUUUCAUAAGCAUGGAGGCUGCUCCAGGUGGGGAUGUCAACAUCCGUUCAUCCCCUGGCAAACAUGUCCCCGCUCUUUGGGGCAGCAUCUGUGAUGGCCGCAGGAUGCCCUGCUACACAAAGGUGAGGCAACCAGCUGGCUCUCGUGAAAGCGUUCGUUCUGGCAGCAGGGAGGCAUUUGGGCCGCUAGACCACCUUCUCGCCCGGUAUCCAGGAGGUCGGGGGCCAGCUCGGUACACAGUCUCCAGCCCACGCAGUAGUUGAACCUGGUCUUUAUUAGUCCAAGAAGCGACACAGGGGCCUGGGAAAGGGAGUAAAAGCCUUGGAACAAUUCUACCUGUGAAAGGAAAACGCGAGAAGAGGCGAGGGACGAGUAGGUGGCGGUGGGGUGAUUGAGAAGGCGAGGACCACGCGGUUUCUGUCAAGGAGACAGGAGGUCUGUGGCCCCAAGUGCUUGCGGGCUGAGAACAAGUGCCCGGACUCUUAAGAACAUACGAGGAAAGUAUGAUGAAAACACGUGCACCCGGAGAAGCAGAAGCCUUCUUUAUGGCGACAGUCGCCUGCGAGGCAAUGGUGGGCAGGGAAGGUUGUCCCCAUUUGUCAGCGAGACAGGAGCCCUCUGCCCACGGUCACAGCACAGCCCCUUCCUUCCGUUGCGAGGGGCCAGUCGUGUAUAUUGGUUCCUUUUAGCCCUUGUCUCCAAUAGCUAGAAGGCUGUCAGCAGGUCCACCCGUGUGAUCUUGCUUGCUCAGCCACGUGGUUCCCUUGGAAGCGUUCUCGCCCGGCGAUGCUCUCCCCAGAGAAAAGCCUGGACGCGCCAGGGUUUGAUCUUCCCGUUUUAACUCAGCGUCAAUGGCUAGCUCACGUGAUGACCUGCAUUCCUACUCCCAGUAGGUAAUAAUAUAGUUUUUAAAAUUUUUACCCUCUGAAAAAGGACUGAAAGAAGCUAAAAUGAAUGACAGGUUUAUUUUAGUGAUCGUUCUCUGAAUAUGUUUACAAAUGGGAAUGGCUACAAACUCAGGUCAUCUUAAUGAAAAUAGACUCAGUAAACCCUUAGUUGACUCAGAUCUUAGGAUUCUGAAGCAGCGAUACUUAGGCACAGAACAGCGCUUCACUGAACGUCUUUGCAGUAAAACCGACUGACUUGGAUAAGAUGUCCUCCCCACUUCAAAGGUGCUUAACUUCUUCUCAGAUUAUCCUGCAGACCUUUCACCCAUUAAUAAAUAUUAGCAACCACUGAAACUGAAUGACAGUCAUUCUGCCUCUGGUGUAAAACUGGGUUCUGCCCAGGCUGCCCUUACCUGCUUGCAGGCAGAGUUAAAACAGCCAGAAUGGGCUUUUAGCAUCCAAGGAGGAAUUUGGCCAAGGCUCUGGGCCAGUGCAUCUGCUGAUAGUUUAGAUUUAUUUAAUUAGAGUCACAAGCAAAGAAAACUGAGCCUUGGGGUCGGUUUGAAUAUUACCUUGGAGGAGAGCGUAAAGAGAUGAACAGACCCCAGGGCGGGAGGAGGGAGUGUGGCCGGCUCCUCCCUUGGUCCCUACAUGGUCCCCACAGCCUGGCCGAGCUUUGCAGAUUCAUCCCCGCAGGACCAGAGUCCCAGCCCAACAGCAGACGUGCCUUUUGUUCAGGGCCACGCGGUGAUAUUCCUGCUUCAUCGUCCUCUGAUGUCUCCUCCAUGGGUGUGAAACUGCAGCAGAAAUGAAGCUGGUGUGGGUGGAGGCUUUCAAGUUGAAGGGGGCCUGAGAACCAGGGGGAUUGGGUCCGGUCAGACAGGGCCUUUGUCUUGGCAAAUGUGUGUCUGGCACAGGGGGCUGCUUUGAAUCAAGCUGGUGUUUCAAAAAAUCGGCACGUGUGAAAUAUUAAAAUUAACUGCCCGGCCUCAUAUGUUUCCGUAGGCUCUAGGAUAAAUAAACCGCGUGUUGCAACAAAGAACAUUUUCCGCACUCUCAUUGUUUAGUGCCAUGUGGCGAUUGAUGGUCUCACACUUCAUUCAAAGAGUGAGGCAUUUCUACAUGUUUUUUACUUACUAGUUAAUUGGAAUUAGGGUGUUGCAAGGAGGCCAUCCUGUUUUCAGGUCCAGCUGUUGUUUUAAAUGAAAACCUCAUGGUUUGGUGGGUUGAGAUGAGGGUGAGUUUUCGUGUAGAGUAGAGGUGGGGAGACACAGGAUGGGAAUGGGAAGGUUUUCUUGGGGUUACUUGGUGCCCGUAAUUCUGACUCUUAAUGGCAUUCUUAUUCCCACGGCCACUCGCUGUCCUCAGAACGUGUCUCCUGCUGCCCUUCGUAUCGAGGCUACAGUGUUACGACGAGAAUUAGGUUAGGGAAGGACACGUCUGGGCUGCGGUGGCUCUGCCACUCACCAGCCGUGUGGCCUUGGACAAGCCCCUUAACACCUGAGAGCUCACUUCCUGGCUGUGAAGUGAGGGGUGGGAUCAUUCUGUGUCCCCGUCCACUCCAGCCUUGCCAGGCACCUCUGCUUUAGAAAAGAGGAAGCCUUGUAAGAAGAAUGCCCAGUAGGGUUUGGAUUAUGAAUCUGUUUACGAAAACUAGUUCCUCGUAACUGUCUUCAGCAGAGGUACCUUGGGAGGAGAGAGGAAACCCCCACGUCUGCAUUGCUUGCUGCCAGCGUUUGAGAUGCAGGCACAGCACAAUGGAAACACGGACCCCGAUGUACUUUAGGUUUGGUCUGGUUUGCUGCGCUCCUCACCCACAGGUAGGAAGGGUACAGCUGUUCUCUGCGGUAAGCUAUCUUUUACCAGGGAGGGUCUUUGCCCUCAUCCCAUUCCAAGCAGGGAGCUUGACUGCCCACCUUCUUCCGCCUCCUCUUUCCUCCUUCCUGGUCGGGACCAACGUCUUCUUAUUCAUCUUUGUACCCUGAGCAGAGUGUUUGGCACAGAGCAGAUCUUCAGGAUAUAUUGGUUGACUGCCUUGGUUCGAAGUAAGCCAGGAAGAUGAGAAGGAAUACUGGAAAUUAAAACUGAAAUUUAACAUAAUCAGCUAUGUCCUCAAAGUCAAAUGGAAUUAACAUUACAAGGUAGGAAAGACAGAGCGUGCAUCCGUUUACCAGCUGGACCUGCGUGAGUGUUGAUUAGAAUUAUCGGGGAAGUUUCGGUGUUUGAUUGAUGGCCUCUGAUGUCUGUAUCACCAUGGAAAAUAUAUAACUUAUUCUGUCAAACUCAUCCAAAUCACUGCCUUCUUCAUUUGGAAAGUUAGAGAAGCCUGUCCCUUUAAUAUGUGAGGCGCCGCACAUGAAUCCAAUUGAAUAAGAACAGGUUCAGGGUAAAGCCUGAUGCGUCCCUGCGGAGGGGCAGGUGCUGAGACGAUGAGAAUUAAACGUGGGUAGAACACAAGCACGUGCUGACCUCCAUGGGAUCACCAAGUGCGAUCCCACCGCACGUCCCAAACAAGCGCGUGACCCAAACAAACUGCUGGGAUCUCCCCCUUUCUGCCGCUCCUGCGAUUGGCUUGUAACCUGAUGGUUAAGAGCUUGAAAUCAGGAGCCAGAAAGCCUGGGUUCAAAUCACAGCUCUCUGGGGGGAGCCUCCUCCUCCUGGGUGGGUGCUGCCCCAGGGCCUCUCCCUCCCCUCCUGGAGGACGGGCCGUUCACAGGGUGAAGGAGUGGGGGGAGUACGUGUCCUUCCUCGGUUCCUACUUGAUGAGCGGUUCCUACUUGAUGAGCGCCAAAACUCCUUACCCUCCUUUCUGAUGCUUUCUUUCUUAAUCUUUGCCUCCUCUCUCUCUCUCUCUCUCUCUCUCUCUCUCUCUCUCUCUCUCUGUCUUUUUUUUUUUUCUGUCCCUCUACCCUUCAAAUAAUUCAAAUCCUUUAGGUUAGAUUUUGGGGUUUUCUUUACCCAACUCUAUUUGAGGCAUAUCAUUCAAGUCUGCUACCAUUUAAAAUUUUUCUUUAUGGCAUUUUUUUAGUUAUGUAAAAAUAUUCUUUAUUAGCAUGUUCAGUGUCUAAGCUAACGCUAAGAUGCUAGUUUAGGGAUGAGAACUUGGAACUGCCCUGCUGUGUCCCCAGGGGGCCCAGGCACUUAGUGGGCACCUGGUCCCUCAUUGCCGAGCAAUGAAUGCUGCAUAAAAUGACGUCAUCCUGUAGAUUCGUGAUGUCUGUGGGUUAAUAGUCAGGGCUGGGAUUCAGGAGCGCCUCAUUAUUCCGUCUCAACAGUCUUAUCACAAAAUGUUUUAAAAAAUCACCGAAGCACACCAUGUCCCAGUUUGUCAGAGGGUUAAUUUCUGUCGUUACGAUGGUGCUUGGUAAACCUCCUUGAAUUAAUGAGUCUUGCAGAGUUCUGGCUGAUGUGAAAAGGUAUAUAGUUAGCAUCUGUUUGUUCUCUGCAUAUAUCUCUCAUCCUUGCUGUACAUCUAUUUUAAGGAACAUUUCUUUGGGUGCUGUGUUUUUUUCUAUUUAUGUCUUCAGCAUAAAAAUAUAAAUAGAUCGUUUAUCUCCGGUAUCCUUCAAGUAGCUUGCAUCAUUUCACACUUUUACAUAACCAAAGUUUCUGUCCCCGGUAUACAUUGUUUGGGAAAUUUGAGUGGUUGGGAACAGCCUUAGGAACCCAGAGGCCAGCUUCCAGGGCCCCCGAGGCUCACUGCGGGGCCGGGAGCUGCGCGCGCUGGCCUCCCGCCUCAUUCCUGGUUAACACUGUACAGGACACCCGUGCUCUUCACCCCACCUGGCACCUGGCCAGAAACCGUUUAAAGAUAGACAUGAUUUUUGCUCAUUCCCGUUUCCUCCACAAAAUAUAACAUAACUCUCUAAACAUAGUUGAUGUUUUAAUAAAUCUUCAGUGAAUUUGUGACAUAAACAUUUCUUUUUUAUUAAGGUAUAAUUGACAUAUAACAUUAUAUUAGUCUCAGGUGUAACAGAAUAAUGAGUCAGUGUUGGUAUGUAUUACAAAAUGAUCACCACAGCAAGAGUAGUUCACAUCCGUCAUCAUGCAUAGUUACAGUUUUUUCUUGUGCAUAAAUAUUUCUUGAAUGUGAUAAUAGCAGGAAAAAUAAAAUACGAGCUAGUGUUUAUUAACUGUGCACUGCUGGGUAUUAUAAUUAAUGUGUAACACACAGUAUCUCAUUUAAACCGAUGGCAACUCAAUAAAGUGUAUGCUGUGACUAUUACCAUUUUAUAGAUGAGAAAGCAAGGCUUGGAGAACUAUGUAACUUGCCCAAAGUCCGCACAGGUAGUAAGUGACAGAGAUUUGAACCCCAGCCUGUGUGAUUCUAGAGCCUGUGCUCUUACCCACUUGCUAUAGAGAAGUGAUUGAUCUGCUCGGGACCCAUAGGGCAAGCUUGUCAAACAGGGUCUAGGGUUGAUCAGGAGAUAAAGCAAUGGCUGUUGGUGCGUGAGACCUAAAAGUGUCCCUCUCUUGCCUUUUUGGUAAAAAAGACCCCAGACAUUUUCUGAGAAGGAAUUUGUUUGAUUUCUCAGAAAUCUUUUGAGCACCAGAGGAGGUGACAGUUGGCAUCCUUAUGCCUAGGCCAGGGCCCCACUGUUGGGAGCCAUUCCCUUCCCUGUCAGCCACCCUUUCAAACUAAGGGCAGAGGGCAGAGCCUGGGCUGUGGGUAGGAUUCAGGGAGUGACCGUGGAGGGCGUUCAGGACACGGUGUGGAACGGGGAGUGGCAACAGCAGACGCCGGGAGUCGCCGGAAUCUCCCGGGGCCGGUAGUUUUUAGGCUGGUGCCGAUUUCAGGGGGCAGAUCUCCAGCAGUAAGCUCCAGAUGGAUGAGGCCCCGUGCUCUUAGGGAGAGGCCGUGAGCUGUCCUGGAAAGGGCUGGGCUUCAGAUCAGGCAGACCUGAGAUCAGGUUCUGAUUUCUUUUUCACUGGUUUCGUGAACUUCAACAAAUUACCCUCUCCUGGUACUUCCGUUACCUUACCCAGGGCGUACGGUUAAUAGACUUUUGAUUAAAGAUGGCAGAUGGAACACAAGCCUUAACCUCAGUUACCUCUCAAGAUGCUAUAACAGUAACAGUAAAGGGGUUUUGGGUUUGCUUUUUUUUUGAGGUGUAAAUUAAUCAAGGACCAGGUGAUGGGAGGCUACGUCAGCAACGUAAUUUUGGAAGCUGAAAAGCAGAUGGUGAAGUGGUAGCUACUUGAAGCAGACCCAGAAGUGCCGAAAUCCAUGUGGGCAGUGGGGAGAGUCAGGAUGGAACCCCACUUAAACUAGAGUGAGCCCCAAAGGUGCAGGGAUCAGAAGUACAGUUUCCCCUUGGGGGCCGGGGGUAAAGGUGGAGCUAAAACAGAGCCGUCAGCUGAAAGUGUGCUGAGAGGCAGAACCCCAGGUUUUCCAGUUACUGACAGGCCUUCAUCUUGGUAGAAAUCUGAAGAUUUAUUCCCUGGAGAGGACAAAGCAGAGAACCCCCAGUUUGGGGGAUGAAGUGAACGUUUACUAGCUGGAUGUUGAGACCCCUGACUCCUUCCCUGUCUCGCCUCCCUGGACACUGGGCACUGGGGGAUCUCACCAACCUGUGGGAAAAGGGCUUAAUAUACGGGCAUCAGGGGUUCCCCAAGAAACGGAGCACGCAGAUUACCCUCUAGUGAGCCCCAGCUCUCCACGGCGUGAGCGCCCAGGACGCCAGAGGCUCACUCUGAAAUGCGAGCACACGUCCGAGAAAUAACCAGGCAUUUCCAAAGUAGGACUGAAACCAAACAGGAAAUGCAGAUGGCAGGAAGCAUAGACUGUGGAGGGAGAAGGAGACAUGAAAAAAAGAGCUUGCCCUUAACAUCCUCAGAGAAGUAAGGGAUGAGCGUGCAUUUAGUAAGGAAAGCAGAAAAGAUUCUCUAUACAGUGGAAUAUUCAGAGAGCAAAAAGGAGUGCUUGAAAAGCAGAAAAGUGAUCACAGAAAUGUAGAAGUCAGCAGAAGGGCUGAAAACUAAAGCUGAGUUCUUCAAGAAAGAAAAAGAAAAUUUUAGAGAAAACAUAAGAAAACUAGAGCAUGAUGCAGGAAGUCCAACAACCAAAGAAGAAGAGAGCAAAGAGAGGGGAGGAGCUCCUCAAACAGAUAAUGAAGGAAAGUCUCUCAGAACCCAAGGCUGUGGGUCUCCACAUCGACAGGACUCCCUGAGCACCCAGUGCAGUGAGCAAAUGAGAGCCAGGAAGUGAUGGCGAUGGAGUGA